AUGUCCAUGACACCAGGUUCGAAAUCCAGAUCGUCCACCCCCACGGUGUUCGAACAGCAGCGGGAGGAACUGGUGAGAGACAUCGCCGUGGGAAUGGAACAAGUUCUGCAAAAUAUCAACCGGUUGAACCGAAAUCUAGAAAGUAUUGUUGCGGUGGGCAAUGAGUUUAGCUCCGUCGAAGCUCUCUGGUCUCAAUUUGAGAACUUUAUGGGACGACCGGAGGAGAAGGCAGAAGGUGGUGUAAAGGAGAAAGAGGAGCCUCAUGAAGACCAGAGCGACCUGCAUGAACACGAUAUCUCUGAUGAGAGGAGCGAAAUCGACGGUUAA